UUACCAACAGGAUCCUGCAAGUGCUGAUGGUACAGUGUCCUCAAAAGAGAAAAAGGGAGUACAGCUGCGAAGGUCUAUAUCCCUAACACAGCGAUUCAAGAACUCCAGAAUGACAGUGCGUUUGAGACCCAGGCAGGUUUUGUGUUCAAAGUGCCAGUCCAUAUGCAAUGAAAAAUCUGAGAAUGUAAGUGGAGCAAAAGGACAAAGGGCAACAGAGCCUCCAACAACAUCAAAGGUGACAGCAGAGACAAGGGGGAACACAAGGGGUUCACGCGAUCGAGGUUCUCAGGAAUCCCAUGGCACUCUCUCCGCAGCCCAAAGGAGAGAGAGAGAGAAGGAGAAAGAUAGAGCAGACAAGUCCCCUCAAAAGAGUGUGAUGCUUGUCCCUAAGUUAGUCAAACUAAAACCCAGUGAGAUUGAAGCAGCUACAAGUAAAGGUGUCAGCUGUCUGAGAAUAAGUCCACCAUCCCGUAAUUCCCGUAGUGACUCAGAUUCAUGUGAUAGUGAAAUUAGUGUGGGGUCAAACCCAGCAUAUGCGGUGACUGGAAAUAAUAAUAAUAAUACAGAUGGAAAAGUCCCUAAAUUAAAACUCUCAACAAAUUUAUGCAAUCCAGAGUUAUCAGAAGGUAAGAGAAAAGGCAGAAUCCCAAAGAUGACUAUAAACCUUGCAUUACAAGCAAGUGAGCUUUCUAAAGAAAAUUGGACUCGAAAUAGACUUGAUGAUACGGAAGAUAUUAGUGAGGCAAAAAGCCCGUGCAUACCAAAAAUGAUUUUAUCUACUUCGGGGGUUGUUUCAGACCAGGCUAAUGAUAGAAGAGAAAAAGAUGUUAAUAAAGCAAGAAAGCAAGGAGACAAUAGUGAAUCUCGACUUGAUGCAAAAGAAUUAAGAUUACGUUCGGGCAAUGUUCACAAACUAACGAUAAAUACAGCAGGCCACCAAAGCUUUAGUGAAUCACUCUCUGACAGAGUUUCUCCAAUACCAAAGUUAACUAUCCUUCCUGUUGUGCAAAAGAAGGAUGGGCUGGAGGAGCAAGAAGUUGGUGAUCUUAAGCACCACAAGAAGACAACUGAAGACUCCCCUCUUGAAAAAAUGAGCUUGAGAAAAAAGAGGUCCCUUGGUUCCAUGGAAGAUUUGUGGGAUGAAAGUGUGUUUGAUGAGACAGCGAAAAAGCAUAAAAGUAAGGAAGAAGAGGAAAAUGAAUUGGAGGAAAGCAGUAAGAUCGGAAAUGAAGAGAAGGAAGGAAUGGAGGGAGAUAAACCCAAAGCAACACCAGUCUUAAAGAUUUCCUUUGGCCCAGAAGGGAAAGGUACAGUACUGAAGAUUCCUUCUAAGAGUACAGUUGUAACUAUGAAUACACCUGAAGUUGAGACAGAAGAGGAAAUAAAUAAGAAAUACAAAGAUAUGAGUGCUAAGGCUGCAAAAAAGGCUCUGAAAAAAGCAAAAAAAGAAGCACAGAAAAAAGCACUGCUUGGAGGAGCUUCCCCAGCGUAUAUUAUGGGGGGUAUGUCACCAAGGUUUGGGGGUAUGUCGCCUUUGAGAUUGGGUGGAAUGUCACCUGCUAGAUUAGGUGGUUUCUCCCCUGCUAGAUUUGGUGGUACUUCUCCAGCACGUUUUGGAGGUAUGUCGCCUGCCAGGGCUGCUGCAGUGGACCUUUCAACCAGAGAUCUACCCCCUAAGAAGCACAAACAUAAAGUGAAGCAUAAAAAGAAGCACAAGGAUGAAAGAAGGCACAAAAGCCCAGAGGAUAAUAAGUCACAGUCAAAAGAUAGUAAGGAGGACCUACCACACCUUCCAGACACUACAGAACAUGAUGUUCCAGUUGAAAACAUUACACCAGACAUACACUGGAACUCGUCAGAAGUGAGAGAAUCUCACUUAGAUUCUUUACCGCAUGCCGCACUGAAUCAGAUAUCACACAGCUCUCAACCUGCAUCCAACACAGGGGCUCCCAUGCAGUCAUCAAGACACAAACUCUCAAUAUCCAUAAAGAGAGUCAGUAAUGCCAGCUAUGUGGCAUGUGACUCCAGUCAUUCUGAUGGAGAGAGAACUGUCACACCAACUGUACCCAGUGGAAAUGAAGAUGAUGUCAUUGAGGAAGCUCAGGGAGUUGUGUAUAGUGAACAAGAGAAUAAAGAUGAAAGACCAAAAGACAUUUGUGAGAGUGUUGAAUGUGAGAAGGAUGUACCCUUAGAGUUGCCUUUGCCAUUUGAUGAAGGAAAUGACAGUGCAGUUAAACCCACAGAAAUGACCACACAGAGUUACCCGAUGCUGACAGCACCAACAUACUGUGUGGAUACCCCAGAAUCAAUGAUGCCUGGAAGUGAUUCCCCAGGAAGUGAUGAGGCUUGUAGUGGUGCAAUCCCAGAUUUCCCCUCCAGAGCACCAAACAUAGAUAGUUUAGAGGACCAUCCCAGUGCUGCUCUGCUAAUGAAGUUAAGCUGGCAGGAGGUGGAGAAAUGUGAGCUUGAUGAGGGCAGAAUAAUGAAUGUUGGAGAUGUUGUGUGGGGAAAGAUCCAUGGUUUCCCAUGGUGGCCAGCUAAGGUCAAAGCCAUUCGGGAAUUACGUGAAGGUGGUGGAGACACGAAAUGGCAACAAGCGCACGUCAGCUGGUAUGGCUCCUCAACAUCAUCUCUCAUGCCAGCUAACACUCUUCAGCCGUUCCUUCAGAUGUUUAAGAUCCGCUAUAAUAAACGCAAAAGAGGACCAUAUAGAGAAGCAAUAAAACAGGCGACCUGUGAGGCAGAGCAGAUAAGUUCUCUUGAUCCGCAGCAAGAUUUUCAGCACUGGCAUCCUCCGCCACAGCAGACACCAAUACAGACGCAGCCCAUAACACAGCAGCAGCAACAGCACCAGACUCCAGAGAACCUCCUUGGUGCAUCUCCCCGUGAAGUGGAUGUUGUUAGCUGAGACACACAUAUACCAACAUUGAUGAUUUGCCUGUCUCUUGAUGUAAUGUUAUGUUUAUUUAUUUAUUAUUACUAUUUUUAUAAUGAGGAGAUACUUGAUGAGUUAUUUUUGCAUUCCAGGGUGUUCCACUUCAGAUGAAAGGGUUUCAUUUUUCCAUGUCUUGGAAUUAGAGAUUUGUCCUCCAGCAUUUUUCUUCCUGUGUUGAUCAGUCAUUUAGAGUGUAUUGCAUUUCACUCCACCCUUUCAAAUUUUGCACACUUGUAAACUUCCUGAGUGUUUUUGUAAAGAAUUGGAACAUAGCCUUGGUUCCAGCAGCCAGAGUUAGAGGUCAGCUGUGUUAAUUGAGAGCUGUGAAUUCUUCCCAUACGUUAGUGCAUCUAUUAUUCCUGUGAUCAUUUUCACUUUGUGCUUAUACUUUUUGCUUGUUUGUUUUUCAUGUCUUUUAUAUUAUUUUUCAUUUACACUUUUGAAGUCCUUUUCAGGAGCUUAUGUACAGUAUGUAUAUACAGAGGCCUUUUCAUGAUAACCUUGAAGAAAGAAUCUGGGAAUGUUAUUACGUUAGCAGGGCAAUUUCAUUCUGCUUGCAUUGCUAAGAAGAGAGAAGGUAUGGAACCUAAGAGUAUAUUUUUUGUACACUUCCCCUGUAAAACACACACACAAUCACACUCACACUCACACACCGACACACUCACACUUACUCUCACACACGCAUGCACUCACACACAUGCAUGCACUCACACACAUGCACGCACUCACACACAUGCACGCACUUACACACCGACACUCACACCCAUAUCCACAUCCUCACAUGCCCACAC